GGCUGUUUCCCGACGUCGUGGUUAAGGUGGAGGAGGGAAGGGAGGGGGGUUCUUGCCAAUGGACCAAAUUGCCUACUUCCAGCCAUAGAACCUGGCAGGUUCACCUUCCACACAUAUGGUCAGUGGCGUCGAAGUUGGGACGACAGUUUCGCCGAGUUUGGAUUUUCCCUAGUCUCUCAUCCACUUCGUCGUCGUUGUCGUCCUCCUCCUGACCAUACACACACACACACACACGUACACAUAUAUAUAGAACACCAGACCCAGCCCUAAGAAACAGAGCUUCUCUCAUUAGCCAACAGCACUCGGAGCAGCAAGACUCGCCGACGAUAUUCCUCAUUCUCAAACUUUUCCAUCCCAAAAUCAAACCGAUCCCGUUUGCUUCUCCAUCAUGUUCGGCAAGAACCAGGAGCCAGAGGUGGCCGAGGUGCUCGAGCAGCGCCAACCCAGCGCGGCUGAGGCGGCCCAGAACCAACAUCGCAUGUCCGUCUCUAAUAGAGGUCUGACGGGCGCGUCGGCCUUGACUGUAAGACAGUCCAUCGUGCCCAUUACCCUGGUCACCGUCCUCUUUUUCCUCUGGGGCUUUGCUUACGGCCUCCUCGACGUUCUCAACUCCAAAUUCCAGAUCGCCCUCAACAUCACUGCUGCCAAGGCCGGCGGCCUCCAGGGUGCCUACUUCGGCGCCUACUUCAUUGGCCCGCUGACCUACUCGGGCUGGAUCGUGCGCAAAUUCGGCUACCGCUGGACCUUCAUCACCGGUCUGUGCAUCUACGGCGUCGGCGCUCUCAUGUUCUGGCCCUCGGCCGUCUACCGCUCCUUUCCCGGCUUCUGCGGCUCCCUCUUCAUCGUUGGCUCCGGCCUCUCAACGCUCGAGACCUCGGCCAACCCCUUCAUUGCCACUUGCGGUCCCCCGCGCCUCUCCGAAUUCCGUCUCGAGCUCAGUCAGUCGUUCCAGGCCGUCGGCUCCGUCAUCGCCCCGCUCCUCGCCGCCCGCGUUUUCUUCUCGCACACGGAGCCGAACGAUCUGUCCAAGGUGCAAUGGACGUACCUUGGUAUCGCGGCCUUUGUCUUCUUGCUCGCUGUAAUCUUUUUCUUCGCCAACAUCCCCGAGGUCACUGAUGCCGACAUGGCCCUGCAGGCGGAGCUGAGCGCGGGCCUCACCGGCUUCGUUGACAAGCCGAUGAAGAAGCAGUACAAGCUCUUCUUCGGCGUCGCCGCCCAGUUCUGCUAUGUGGGAGCCCAGGUUGCCGUCGCCUCGCAAUUCAUCUCAUAUGCCGUCGAGUCCGCCGGGCUGUCGCACUCGCAGGCCAGCGAUCGGUACGCCAUCGGCCAGGGUCUCUUCGCCAUCGGGCGUUUCGCGGCCGCUGGACUGAUGAUGAUUGUCAAGCCUCGUCUCGUACUCAUGGUCUUCAUGACAGGCAUCAUGGUGUUCAUCGCGCUCGCCAUUGGACUGAAGGGAGAGACCGGCAUUGCGAUGCUGUCCCUGGUGCUCUUCUUUGAGUCGUGCAUCUUCCCGACCAUCUUCACGACGGCAAUUCGCGGCCUCGGCAGGCAUACAAAGCGAGGUAGUUCUUGGAUUGUUGCAUCGGUUUGCGGUGGUGCCCUUUUCCCCAGUCUCACUGGUCUCCUGGCGGAUUCUCGGGACUACCACAUUGCCAUGAUCGUGCCUCUCUGCGGCUUCAUCGUCGCCUUUGCCUACCCCAUCUUCUUGAAUACGGUCUGGAAAGCGGAGCUGGACGGUUUCAGCGCCAGCAAGAUUGGCUACACUGACGAGCACGGUAUCAUCGGCGACGCGGGAAGAGAGGAGAUUGAGAAUGACAAGUCCGAUUCCAAGCACUUGGAGACGUAGAUGGAUGUGUCCCAAAAACGAUUGCGCGGGUUUUUCGCUUGCAAAGAGAGAAUUUGUACAUACCCCUUUACUCUAGUAGUGUUUUUGAACGCUGGUUCUAUCAUUAUUCUCUGUCGCUUCUAUCGCUUACAUCGUCGUCUCCAUGGCGGGCAUGUUUCGCAGAAGUCCGGGAGGAGCAGCUAGCAGAGUGCUCGCUUCUGCGCGGCAGGUUUUGCCAAGUGAGGUCUGUUGAUGGCAUCUAGCGUCACGGACACCCGCCCCAGCUCCCUGAAAAGUUCAUCUGCCAUCCGCAGGGGUUGGACUAUGACUCGUUGGGAAAGGGUGGAAACGUCAUCAACCUCAUAUGAUGCCCAGUGUGUAAAUCCCAGUGUUUGCCUUGAUCGUCACUUCGUCAUGAGUGCUGCCCGCCGCAGGGUCGACUUUACACGGCAUGGACCUUUGUCCGGAGCACUCGACAGUCCGGACCAUCGCCUCGGAAAGCCUUCUCU